CCGAGAAGGAAAAUUGUUAGGCUUUUGUGCUGCUUCAAUAUUAAAACAUAAUAAAACUUGCAUCGUCUUCAAAUUGUAACAUAAAUGUCUAACAAAAACUUACGGAUAUAGUAAAAGAUCAAUAAAAAAUUUGUAAAAUGAUGUAAACUAGAUUGUUAUCAAGAAAAAAUUUAAUUAAAAAUUAUACGAAACAAAUAAUUUGAAAAAAGGUGUCGGGAUGCUGCACAGCGCGCUACCAAGGACCUUCUUGCCUCCACCAGGGCUGUGCUAUCUUGGCGGUUAUUACGGCGAAACAGUGCACUCUUACAGCUCAGUUUCAAGGUUUGUGCCUUUGGACAGUUCUUACAUUCCGGAUCAUCAAGUGAUUGCUGCUGAAACAAGACCAGCUAGUCCUAUUCCACUUGACUUAUCAUUAAAACCAUCAUCAACUCCACAUAGUUCAAGAACAGAUGACAGUGAGACCAUCGAAGUCGAUGACAUAGAAGACCGCCGAGAUGUUUACGAUCGAGAGAAGAAAUACUACAACUGGGAAUCUCGAUAUGGAACAGAAGAUCAUCAUAGUCCUGUGGCACGAGCUUAUCAUUACUAUGAUAGCUUACGUCGUCCAGAGAGUCAAGAUCUUCUAUACUCUAGUGAAAUGUCGAGCUACCAAAGUCCAAGUUCCAGCCCUAUUCCAAGUCAGAAACUUCUUCUUACAUCACCCAGUACUUUACGAUCAAUGCAGAGCUACCAGCAACAAUUACUUCUCACUCCUCAGCAUCAUCUCCAAAGUAUUAACGCACCGAUGACACCUCCCAGCACACCGUCUCCACCUCAAUGUCCAAGACGCCGUACAAGAGACGAAGAAGAAUCAUCAAACCCAAGUUCCAACAUCACUCCAACAGCUACAACUCCGAAGACAUCGACAGCUGAAAAGAUUAAUUCAAGACCCAAGAAAAAGCAUGCAAGAAGAUUGAAAUUCGACGAAGACACUAGUAGUCCAGUAUCAGGAACUGUAAUUCUUGGUCCUGAUGAGGCUGUUGUCACAGGUGACAUCGAUCCUGCAUUUAAUAUCGUCGAAGUAACUGAAGAAGCUAGAGCUGAGCUGGCAAAGAUUGAAAAUCGUCUUGGCCCCUACCAGUGCAAGCUAUGCAGGCAACUGCAUGAAGACGCUUUCCAGCUGGCGCAGCACAGGUGCUCAAGGAUCGCUCAUGUCGAGUACCGUUGUCCUGAAUGUGACAAAAGGUUUUCAUGUCCAGCCAACUUAGCAUCUCAUCGGCGCUGGCAUAAGCCUCGAAUGCCUUCGGGUGAUGCUUCUUCAACUACUGUUUCAAGCAAUUCAGUGAUUUCUGAAAUUUCCUGCUCCAAAUGCGAAGCUAAAUUUACACGACAAGCUGCAUUACGUAAACACUUGACUACUCAACAUCCUGAAACAAACAACAACAUUCCUAUCAUCAAUAAUAACAAUAGUAUCAAUAAUAAUAAUAUCAAUAAUAAUAAUAAUGAUCAAUUCAAUGAGAACGAUACAAAUAUUUUACCAAGAAAGACAACAUGCAUCACCACCGGAAUGCAACUAUUUGAUGGGAAAAGCCCUCAUGGUUGA